AACCUCUUCUUAUCCUCUUUAUUAAUCAUCAUUUGGUUAAUCUUCCGUAUUAUCGUUUCAAAAUAUGCCUUUGGAAUUAUAUAAAUUAUUCUUUAAUAUUUUAUUUGAUUUUCUUUAUUUUUUGUAGAAAUUCUCCUAUACUUUCCACUCUCUUCAUUUCGCCAAAAGUUGUUUUUGACUGUGCAGCUAGUGCAAGUGGCCAAGUAGUUGCUUCCUGCUUCAUUUGUGUGUGUGUUUUCUAAUUUAGUAUGAUUUUUCUUUUUAAAGAAACAACUUUUUUACUGGUAGAAGAUUUGGGUCUGGAUCUAGGAUUUCAGGUUCAAGCAACGAUGUUAUUCAUAAAUGUUACUUUUUGAACUUAAGGCUAGGGUUUGUUCAUGCUUUAAAAGUUUUAGCAUAUUUUAAGCCCUUUUGCUUUGAACUAUUAAAACCAAGACUUUGUUUUUUGGCUUAGAAAUUUUAAUAGUGUUUUAGUUUGGGCUAGGAUUUUGGUUAAGAAAUAUGGAAAAAAAAACAACAUAAAGAAUAGUAAACUUUGGUUUAUGUUGCAUGUUGUUUGAGUUUUAACAAUAGUAGUAGUUGAUGCAACCCUUGAUUUGUUUACCUUUCGUUUGUUUUCCUUUAAGCUUCUUAAUUUAGCAAAUUCAGCUGUUUUAUUGUGGUUUUGAAAUCCAAUGAAAUAUUUUUGAUGCCUAUUUCUUUUUUAUUCAAAAAAUGGCAAUCUUGGAUGUUUGAUAAGUCUUUUAAACACUUCUUCUUAGUCUUUAAACUUGUUUAUAGCUUACUCCAAGCCUUUAUAAUAUGAUUAUAUAUAUGAAAAAGUUCCCCCUUUUCAAGCUUGUCUUGGAAGACGCCAGAAUCUGGGUUUAUAACCAGCUGCAUUAAUAAUGAAAAAGAUAGAUAUGAUUGUAAAGGAUGAGGAGUUUCCAAGAAAAUUCUUUUAUCAUUCUUUGUGUUAUGAUAUUAAACUUCUUUUCACUUUCCCAAAAUUAUGUUUUCUGGUCGUUUGCUAUGUAACUUGUCACAAAUUCUAGGCUGUUGACUUGAUGUUUUAACUUUUAAUUCUUUAUAUAUGUUUUUAGUUAACCAAAGUACAGAUUCAUGUCUUUUGAAAGGAACUUCCAUCUUCAAUUCAUUCAUGUUAGAAGGCAAUACAUUUUUCUGCAAAACUUUAGAUCAUUCCUUUGUGUCUUCGGUACUAUUUAUAAGGGUUUGAAGAUUGUUUUGUUCGGAGUUUUAUUGGUUUUUGGUGGAAUCAAGGUAUCUUCAAUGUCCAUUUUACUGUCCAUGGGGACCAAUCCUUUGUGCCUUGCCAUUGCACUCAACAGUUGUUGGUUGCUCAGAGUGUCAUUGUUGAUGAUGUUUAUGGAAUGUAAGAUAUUGGCAACUUUAAGAAAUGUUCAUGGAUGUCAUAACGGUGACAUUUAUGUUAUAUUUCUUGGGAUUGUCAGAAUCAUGAGUUGUAGAUGCAUUUCUAAUUUUCAUUUUGAGAUUGACACGCAUUGUCAAUUGACAAUGAGAGAGAGCACGCUUGUUGCCAUUCAUGCAAGGGCAUGGAUGUAUACAAGCGUGCUCUCUGUCGUUGUCAUAUGAUUUGUUCAAAGCUGUCAUUUCUUGGUUAUCUAUCUCUGUUGGUGCAAUAGCUAGCAGGUGAUUUAGGGCACUGGUAAGUAACUUGUUCCAGAAAUAUUUUUGCUUUCAUUGCAUUGAACAUUCAAUAAUAGACAAAAAUAAAAUCUUUGCUUUCAUUUCAUUCAAAAUUAAAUAAAAGACAGACCAUGAAAUUAUUUUUUGGUGCAAAGGAGAUCGUAGAUAGGGGAGGAGUUGCAAAUGUCGAGAUUUGAACCCUAGACCUGAUGAUGUCACUUAUAAAGCGUGUCUACAUGAACUAGGUUUAGUGUUUCAGGUUCAUGCCUUCAAAUUUUUGUUUAGUUGGUUAUUUAACCUAGGCACAGGUAUAUGAAGUCCAUUUCCAAAGUGUAUUGAAUUUAUCACAAAGAGAGGUGGUUUCUCUUUGUUUAUGAUUGCAUGGUUUCCGUCACACACUUCUAAGAUUGGGACACAACUUAUGAUAAAAAUGUGAAGAUAAAUCUUAUCAGUAUAUGGUAACAUUAUUAAAACUAAAACCAAAUUUCAAACUUAUUUGAACCAAGUUAUGGAAUGCUUCUGUAUCAUAGGUGCAAAGCUGGCACUUGUUCCCCAUUAAAUUAUCUAAUUGUGAUGCAAACAAAGCAACUACCAUCAUAAAUGCCAUGGCCAACAAUUCUUGAUUCGCUACCAUCUUUACCAUGAGCAUAAGUGCAUCAAUACAUUGAGAAACAACAUGUAGCAUCUCUAUUGCACGAAUUCUUUAAUAUGCUUAUGUUUGAUGCUUCAUCAAUAGGAAGCGUAAUGUGAGUUUGACAUUACAUCAUAAAAGGGAAUACUACCCUUGUGAUUCUUGCAAUUGGAGUAGGAAGAAGAAGAAGUGCAAUCCGGCGGUUCUCUCUGGUUUGACUGACGAUACAUCUAACGUAGCCCUUCUCAACGUACUCUUUUGAUAUCUAUAUUCUGAAAACCUGUCUUCACUUGAACAGUACACAAUAAUCCUCUAGAUUGUUGAGCUAUAGUAAUUAGAGAAGAAGAUGGAAAAUCGAUGUGGUUUAGGUUGAUGUCAAAAAGAAUAUUGCAUUUAAAUAUGAAUAUAAUGAUAUAAUUAAUAUUUUAAAGAAAAUUAACUAAAUGAAACAAAAAAUAUUUAAACAUGAAUAAUUGUGAUUGCUUUGUUUUAUUUAGGUAUGUAUGCUUAGUAAAAUGUGUUUUGUGCUCAUUGCCCUCUUCCUUGUCCUUUUCUCUUUAUUUGCUACAACAUUCUCAGUUAGUGUUCAUAGCAUAAAAUAGCCUUUCAACUCAGGUUGAUCUGGCUCUUAAUAUUUCUUACAUAAUAUGGGGUUAUGAACCUCCGAGAAUCCUCCAAUUUGCAAAAAAAAAAAAAAAAAACAGAAAAAAUUGAACAUACCUAUACUGGUUACAUAGUUGUUUCUAACACUCGUUCCCCUAGCAUAGCUUGAAACUCCUACAUUCAAAGUCUGCUAUUGCUAAACUGUUUUGAUUUCAGUUGGUUCAAACUCUUUAAUUACUGCCCUUAGCCGGCCAUAAUAAAGCCCUAACAAGGUAAGUUUUCCCUAAAUUUUUUUUUACCUUACUGCAAUAGAAUCUAUUAGUAGCAUGGAUUAGUGAAUAACUGUCCUGUCUGACUUAAAGAUUGCAAGCAUGCUGGGAAUUAAAUUUAUUGAAGAUAAUGCAAAGAAAAUAAAUUUACUGUAGUUUCUUGAUUUUGUUGAAUUUAGUUUGGAAAAAAUUUCAAUAAAUUUGUUUAGAAUAUCUGUACAUCUUGAGUAUAGUAUGAAUUUAAGGCUUGGUUGAUCUGCUGAUUAUAGUUUAAUGUUAAACUUGUGUUAUUUAUAUUUUCUAAUUGUUUAGGAGUUCUUCUGGGUGGAAUUUGAUAAUUUCCUAUUGCUGAGACUUACCUCUUUGUUAUCCUUUAUGGAGUAGGAAUGAUAGCAGUUAGUGUGUACCAGGGCCUAGCGAGUGACCGGUAUUGGACAGGGAUGCUCGAAGAAAAAUUAAGAGUCCCGAGUUACGUACUUGCAAAUAGAGAACAAGUGUAUGGGUUUUGAGCAGUUAUGGUUUAUUUAGAUUUUUCAUCUACCAAUUUCUAACCAAUCCCACUUGGAAGAAACCAUCUGAUUUCAACCCUAACCCUAAUUUAUUAAAUUCAUAGCAUAUAUAGUACCAAAAACAGCUUUUCCUAAACCUUGAUGUUAGUUUUGUCAUGGAUUGUUAAACCAGUACGAAAAAGAGUAUGCAUCAUUACAAGAGCAGGGCAGGGUUUUCUUUUCUUGCCCGAGGGCAAAGAACUGCCUGAUUUACAUUUUGUUGUGGACCCUAAUAUAAUAAUAUCAUUUUAGCCAAAUCUGACACAGCUUCUGAGCAGUGACUGAUGGACUCCGUUUAACCCUUUUGGUUGAUGCGUGGCCAGUGGCCAUGGUGACUUGAGACCUAUGUUUAUGCAUUGCCAUCUUCGCCGUGAAGUUUUUUAUUCAAGCAGCCAUUAUCUCUUAUUCGAUCGCUAUUGUUAUUUAAUUACGUGGAAAUGGAAAAGAAUACGUGAACCUGUACAGUCAGCAUUCCUUAUUAUUUAAUAGGAGAGUGAUUAGUUUGAUCAAUAUUUUUAAAGGUGGUGACUAAAUAAAUUUUUUUAUUGACAAAAAUAGGAACAAUGUGAACGUGGUAGUUUAUCAUAUAUUUGAAAAGCGAAGGCAGAAAUUUAAGCAAAUAAUAUACAUGAUUUUUUUAAAUUAAAUAACAGUACAUGAACUAAAUUGACUCUCCAUGAAGCUUAAAUUAGCUAUAUAUGCAAAAAAAAAAAAAAAAAGUUUAUUGGUCAAAUAGAGAGCUGAGUGAAAGCUAGAAGAUAGAGCAAGCUAUGCUAUAAAUAUCCCUUCUGCUUCUAAGCAUUUGAAGUUAGAAAACGGCAGCCAAUGAGUUACUGUACGUUAGCCGUAGUCGGGAACUUCACUUACCCGUCGACUUCAACUUCAAAUCCGAACCCAAAAGUCUCCAUCUCCAACUCCACCCAACGCAGAAAAGAAUUCGUUUCUCUCUUAAAGAAUUGCAAAGACGCCAACCAAAUCCUACCAAUACAUGCCAAAAUCAUUAGAACAGGCCAUGACCAAGAUCCUUUCAUCCUCUUCGAGCUUCUUCGUCUUAGCUCCACCUUAUCCUCCGUUAAUUAUGCCUCCACCAUCUUUCAACUGGUCCAUAACCCAAAUGUGUUUCUCUACACUGCUCUCAUUGAUGGGUUUGUUUCGGCUGGUUCCUACUCUGAUGGGAUUAGCCUUUAUUUUCAAAUGAUUAAUCGAUUUAUUGUGCCGGAUAAGUAUGUGAUCACCGCGGUUUUGAAAGCUUGCGGGUCUCGUUUUGCUUUGCGAGAAGGAAAAGAGGUUCAUUGCCAAGCUUCGAAACUUGGGUUAAGCUCGAAUAGAUCGAUAACCAUGAAGCUGAUGGAGUUUUAUGGGAAGUGUGGGGAAUUUGAUGAUGCAAGGAAAGUGUUUGAUAAAAUGACGGAAAGAGAUGUUGUUGCCUCAACGAUCGUGAUCAAUUGUUUUCUUGACCAUGGAUUGGUAGAGCAGGCUAUUGAGGUUUUUGAUCGGGUAAGGGUUAAGGAUACUGUUUGCUGGACCGCGAUGAUUGAUGGGUUGGUGAGGAAUGGGGAGAUGAACAUGGCUUUGGAGAUGUUUAGGGAAAUGCAAAAGGGGAAUAUGAGGCCUAAUGAAGUUACUAUUGUUUGUGUUUUGUCAGCGUGCUCGCAAUUGGGAGCUUUAGAGCUUGGAAGAUGGGUUCAUUCGUACAUUGGAAAACACCAUAGGAUUGAGCUUAAUCAUUUUGUUGGCGGUGCACUGAUCAGCAUGUAUUCGAGGUGUGGUGAUAUCGAUGAGGCUGAACGUAUUUUUGCAAUGAUGAAAGAGAGAAAUGUGAUUACGUACAAUUUAAUGAUUUCAGGGCUUGCUAUGCAUGGGAAGAGUAUUCAAGCAAUUGAGAUUUUUCGAGGAAUGAUUAAGCAGGGGCUUUUGCCAACUAGUGUUACUUUUGUUGCUAUUUUGAAUGCCUGUAGCCAUGGAGGUUUGGUGAAUUUGGGGCUUGAGAUGUUCCAUUCUAUGAGUAGAGAUUAUGGGAUUCCACCACAGAUAGAGCACUAUGGAUGUAUUGUUGACCUUCUUGGUCGUGUAGGUCAUCUAAAAGAAGCUUAUAAUUUCAUUCAGAAUAUGGAAAUAGCACCUGAUCAUGUCAUGUUGGGGUCCUUGCUGAGUGCUUGUAAGAUUCAUGGAAACUUUGAAUUAGGCGAACAAGUUGCGAGAAUUUUAAUGAAUCAUGGAGUGGUAGAUUCGGGUACUUACGUUCUGCUGGCAAAUGUCUAUGCUUCAUCAGGGAAAUGGAAAGAAGCAGCUCAAAUAAGGGCAAAGAUGAAGGAGGGUGGAAUCCAAAAAGAACCAGGUUGUAGCUCCAUUGAAGUGAACAAUGAGAUACACGAGUUUCUUCUGGGAGACCUAAGGCACCCUCAAAAGGAAAAAAUAUAUAACAAGUUAGAGGAGUUGAACCAAGCAUUAAAAGAAGCAGGACAUAUUCCAGCAACAGAUGCUGUUUUGCAUGAUAUUGAAGACUGGGAGAAAGAGCAGGCUUUAGCAAUACACAGCGAGAGGCUUGCCAUAUGCUAUGGUCUAAUUUCUACUAAACCAGGUACUACAAUAAGGGUUGUAAAAAACUUGAGGGUUUGUGAUGAUUGUCACUCAAUGAUCAAGCUCAUUGCUAAGAUUACUGGAAGGAAAAUUGUGGUAAGGGAUCGCAAAAGAUUCCACCAUUUUGAGAAUGGGAAUUGCUCUUGUGGAGAUUACUGGUGAUUAAGAAUGAAGAUCCAAGCAUGAAGGUUGAGUAAAGCUACAGUUCGGCCAGCAUUGCUUGUAACAUUUCAUUGUUAUUCCUCUGUAGGAACUCUUUUGAACAGAGGAAGCUUAUGACAUAUACAAGUAAUCUGUAAAUAACAUGUCUGAUUUGGUGUCAGAUAGGUUAUAGAAAGUUCUGUUCGAAAAGGAUGGGUGCUUAGGUGAAGGUGGAGACCGGAGAAACGCGUCACUUCUACGAUGGAGGACAAUUUCUGGAACAUAAAGUAUAUGACAAUUUCAAACCUUAUAUUGGUAUGGAAUUCUAAUCCGAGGAGGUUGCCGUGAUUUACAACAAUGCAUUUGCCAAGCAUGUGGGAUUCAUUAAUCUAAUCGGUAAUUUCCAUCGUUCAGGUCUUGAUCUGUCAGUAAUCAGUCAUAGAUUGCUUUUGUAACAAAGAUGAAGUAGAAGUAGCUAGUAAGAAGACAAAAGGCUUGAAGGAAUGUCUUGCGGGAAGCAUCGUCAGGGUACAAUUCAGGCCCAAAAGCAGAUUAGUCAUAAAGCCAUGUGAAUGAUAAAACCCUUCUACAAAAGUUUCUUUUUUGUGUAUAACGAAACUGUGAAAUAUUCGUUCACCAGUCUGAUUUAAAGUCACCAAGACAUCCUUCUGUGAGCUAAUAACUAUAAGCGUAUUCCAUCUCUUUUACACUGCCAAUUUGAUGUAGUUUUCAUGUUGGAUUUUCCAAAUUCAAGCUCAACUUGUUGAUCA